CUUCCAAGGCAGGUGUGUCCACCCAAAAGGCCCAUUUUUGUGAGAUAUGCGGCCCGGACUUGGGAGACAUUUUGCACUUGACUGAGCAUCAGAGGCAGAAACUGUAUGAUACUGGGGCAUGGGAGCAGCAAUUUUAUUUCAGUGCAAAACUUCAGCACCAAAAGCAGAACAUUGGAGAGAAAUGCUUCAGAAGCAACAUGGACAGAGCCUCAUUUAUGAAAGACUGCAAAUUUUUUGUGUCAGGGAAAUCCCUUUCCCGUGGGGAGUCCACACACACCAGGGAGAAGUCAAACAAGGGAACUGAAUGUGGAGCUGCCUUUCACAGGGGGGAAACUCAUUAUAACUCUGGAGAAUGUACUGAAGACUUUAGUUGCAAACACAUGCUUUUUCAGCACCAAAGAGUCCCCACUAGAGAAAAAUUCUACAUGUGCAGCGAAUGUGGGAAAUCUUUUAGCAAAAGCUACAGCCUCAAUGACCAUUGGAGAGUUCAUACUGGGGAAAAGCCUUAUAAGUGUGGAGAAUGUGGAAAAACCUUUAGGCAAAGCUCUAGCCUCAUUCAACACCGGAGAGUUCACACUGGAGCGAGGCCUCAUGAGUGUGACGAAUGUGGAAAAUUAUUUAGCAACAAAUCCAACCUCAUUAAACAUCGGAGAAUUCAUACUGGGGAAAGGCCAUAUGAGUGUAGUGAAUGUGGGAAAUCCUUUAGCGAAAGCUCUGCACUCCUUCAACACCGGAGUGUUCACACUGGAGAAAGGCCUUAUGAGUGCAGUGAGUGUGGGAAAUUCUUUACCUACCACUCCAGUCUCAUAAAACACCAGAGAGUUCACUCUGGAUCAAGGCCCUAUGAGUGCAGUGAAUGCGGAAAAUCCUUUACUCAAAACUCUAGCCUCAUUGAACACCGUAGAGUUCAUAGUGGAGAAAGGCCUUAUAAGUGCAGCGAAUGUGGGAAAUCUUUUAGCCAGAGCUCUGCACUUCUGCAACAUCGGAGAGUUCACACUGGAGAAAGGCCUUAUGAGUGCAACGAGUGUGGGAAAUUCUUUACUUACAGCUCCAGUCUCUUGAAACACCAGAGAGUUCACACUGGAUCAAGGCCUUAUGAGUGUUGUGAAUGUGGGAAAUCCUUUACUCAAAACUCCAGCCUCAUUAAACACAGGAGAAUUCACACUGGAGAAAAGCCUUAUGAGUGCAGCGAAUGUGGGAAAUCUUUUAGCCAUAGCUCCAGCCUCAUUAAACACCGAAGAGUUCACACUGGUUAAAGGCCUGAUGAGUGCAGUGGAUGUGGGAAAUCCUUUACCCAUAGGUCCAACUUCAGUGACCACUAGAGUGUUCACAUUGGAGAAAGGCUUUACGUGCAUUUGAAUGUGGGAAAUUCAUCUCCAGGCUCCUAAAACACCAUAGUGUCACAUUGGAUGAAAGCCUUAUGAGUGUGGCAGAUGUGGAAAAUCGUUUGGCCAAAGUCUAGCCUCAAUACACUCCAGAGAAUUCGCAGUGGAGAAAGGCCUUAUACAUUCAGUGAGUGUGAGAAAGCCUUCUGCUGAAGAACUUACCUCAUUGGAUACCACAGAUUUCAAAUGGGAGAACUACCUUCAAUGUGCAGGUAUAUACGAUUUCUUUGUUCAGUGCAACAACACAGGAGGAGAUCCCUUAUGAAGAUGCCAUUUGCCUGUAUUGAACCACAUACAUGCAAACAUCCACUUAAAUUCCAGGUAUGUGGGAGCUGCAUUGCACUUUUUAAGCUGUCCAGGGCCCUUGCCAGAUUUAUGUCACUGCCAGUUCUGUAGCAGAAGUCAUUUCACCUCUAACCACCUGGCAGAUGCCCGUAGUGUGCAACAUUCACCCAACCUAGUGUGUUCAGGGAAGGAAACCCCAGUGCUCUCCCAUUUGCUGGAUGAUUCAUGAGUAGCUUGAACACUUAGUCUUUCCCAGUUUUUUUUCUCCCUCAUGAGUUAAAUCGUGGACCUUACCCAGUUUUGGCCUAGAGGACUCCAUUGGUGAUUUGAAAAGAUGGACUACAUUUUUCAGGGAUAUUAUUGAUCUCAUGAGACUCUAGUGAUGGGAUUUUCCAGCCUCCAAGUCACCAGCCUGGGGAACAGUCUGCCUCCCAUUGCUCUUGUUUGUAUAAUAAUAAAGGUCUUAUUGUUUAAGUCACCAUUAAUCUCAGGGGUUCUGUUCACUGUAUGGGGUGGUUUGUUGUUAACUGGGUUUGCUGGCUUGAAGAGAUGAACUGCUCUGGUCAGGAUCCCAAACUGUGUGCCUCAGCAGGGACAGUAUGAUGGCAGAAUAUGCCUCUCCAGUUUUGGCCUAGGUUGCAUUGCUGCUCAAAACCUUCAAGGAAAGACUGCAGGGCUUUGUGGUCUUAAUUUUUAGAUGGCAGGCCAUGAUGUUUUGUGGGUUUGGAGUUCAAACUGAGGAGGGGGCUGUUUUUGGUUGCUGUGACAACCUUUAGUGCUUCUGAGAGCAACAUAAACUUAUUCUCUUGU